AUGCCGCCGAUGUUCCGGCUGGAUCCAUAUGAGCCGUGUGUGCAUGAGCCCGGGGGCGUGUAUUGCACCUUUGAGCUGAAACUGGUGGCCGAUGGACCCAACGAGCUGAUGGACAUGAUUCAGAAAUAUUCGGCGCACAGAGAAAUGCAUUACAAUCACUCACGACUACAUCGUGGUAUAUGCGUCACGAAAACGUGUAAAGACCACCUCAGUCAAAAUACAUCAGCGGACCUAAAACUCGUCCUAGAGGGAUGCCUCAACGAUACUCUUUGGAAACAAUACAAGCUGAAAAACAAAGUAUCAAGCGACGUUCUCUGCAACGAUUUGGACCACAAGCUUGAUAUCGACUAUGGUGACAUAGCGGUUGCAAUUAUUUGCCUCUCAAUAAUCUUGCUCAACAUUGUCGGAAGCUGUUACGAUUUCUUCUUAGUUCCUAACAAGGAGAUUAAAGGCAACAGGUUUCUAUUAUGUUUCUCAAUCAAAUACAAUUGGAAGAAAUUAGUAGCUCCACCCGCGGAUGGCCCCGAGGCUCGCCUGAAGCGUUUUAAAGGAUUCAACGGCCUACGAACUAUAUCUAUAAUAAUUGUUAUAAUGGAGCAUUCAUUGUUGCCGUUGGUAGUGAGCUCCCAAAAUCCUCACAACUUUGAAAGGAAAUAUUACAACAUGAUUUGUCAUAUAUUUAUCGACGGCGCGCUGGUCGUCCAAACGUUCUUCUUGAUGUCUGGAUGCUUGUUGUCUUACAACCUGGAACUGAUCGCCGAGAAGCGGAAGAUCACAUGGAGCACAGUUGGCGUGGAGGUAAAGGACUGCCGAAGGGACGGUUGGCUGAACCUUCUCUACCUAAACAAUUACAUUGACGAAUCACAGUGUAUGCCUCAGACGUGGUACAUAGCGUCCGACAUGCAGCUCUACGUCUUGGGUCUUAUAAUAUUGGUGCUAGCCACCACCAUGACUGCGAGGAAGAUAAUCCUAUCUUUGCUGUUCGUCAUUGCGCUUAUCAUCCCGCCCAUCCACACUUACUUUCAGAAAUUGGACGCCGGAUUAGUAAUUUCGCCAGAAUUGGUCCGUGAUUAUUUCGUUAAGGACCCGACGUUCAACCAUACAUACAAAAGGGGCCAUACGAAUCUGGCUUGUUACAUAAUGGGUCUCAGUUUGGGAAUAUUGAUCUAUUAUCUACAAAAAAGGGACUUUAAAGUUGAAGGUUUUCAGAAAUGCAAAUUCCUCUACUGGGCAACAUUACCAGCAAUGCUCAUUGUCUUGCCGUCAGGGGCAUUCUUUUACUUCUACGAAGAAGUCCCCAUCUAUUACAAAGCCAUAUAUUCGGGUUUGGCAAAGCCCGUUUUCGGUUCCAUUAUAAUGGUGAUCGUCCUUGGGAUGGCGUUUAAAUAUGAAAAUACCUACAGGGGCAUAUUAGAGUGGAAAGGCUGGUCUUCACCGGCGAGGGUGUCAUACUGCGCUUAUAUCCUGCACGUGCUCUUCGUGCGCACAUUAACUGGAUCCCGAACGACGUUAAUGCACGUAUCGAUAGCCCACACACUCUUAGUCUCUUUUGGUACCGUUGUCAUCACGUACGUCGUCGCAUACCCAUUUUACCUGUUCGUUGAGGCGCCUUCGGUGGGACUCAGCAAGCUCAUUUUGCCCGUUGGCAAGGAGGCAGCCAGAGCAGAGGUAGAAGCGAGCAAAAGGGACAGGAUGCCUGCG